ACUGUUUCUUUCUUGAAUUCCAUUUCCCUCUGCAAUCUUCUAGAACAAUCAUCAUCCGCAACAGUAAAAUUGAAAGAAGCUCAAUCUCAAAAGCUCCAGAAAAAUGGCUACGCUACUUACAGCUCCAGCGAUUCAGAAGAGCUUAAUUCAACACCAUGUUUUCUGCUCCACUUCGUCUUCUUCUUCGUCGCUUGGCUGCUCUCACUCACUUUCAUUUCCCUCACAGAAAUCCAGUUUUCUCGGCUCGGGAUUCGGAGGCCGUGAAAUGGUUGCUCAGAGAUCAUUUGGGGUGAAAAUGUCAUGGGAUGGCCCUCUCUCUUCUGUGAAAUUGAUUCUCCAAGUCAAAAAUUUGGAGCUGAGUCCCUCUGUGAAGAGUUAUGUGGAAGAGAAGUUAGGUAAGGCAGUGCAAAAGCAUAGCCAUUUAGUGAGGGAAGUCGAUGUCAGGUUGUCCAUCCGUGGUGGAGAGGUAGGGAAAGGCCCAAAAGUGCGAAGGUGUGAGGUUACUUUGUUCACUAAGAAACAUGGAGUAGUUCGAGCAGAAGAAGAUGCUGAGUCGCUCUAUGGGAGCAUAGAUUUGGUUUCUUCCAUUAUCCAGAGAAAGUUGAGGAAGAUCAAGGAGAAAGACUCGGACCAUGGUCGCCAUAUGAAGGGCUUCGACAGGCUCAAGGUUAGGGACCCCGGUGCACUCUUGGUUGCUGAGGAUAUUGAGGCGGUACCCGAAGAAGCAGAUGAGGCUGAUGCAGUGGGAAUUCUGGGUGGAGGAGUUGAAGAGGAAGAAAUCGUCAUUAAUGAGAUUGUUCGCACAAAGUACUUCGAUAUGCCUCCUCUGACAGUUAGCGAGGCGGUCGAGCAGCUGGAAAACCUCGAUCAUGACUUCUAUGGCUUUCGCAACGAAGAAACUGGUGAGAUCAACAUAGUCUACAAACGGAGAGCCGGGGGAUACGGUCUCAUCAUCCCUAAACAAAACGGUGAAACAGAGAAACUGGAGCCUGUGGUUGUUGAGUCGACAGCGAGCUGAUUCCUGCUCAAGAAGGUGUUUUGAGAUGAAAAUUAGUCAAAACGAAGUUUGUAGAGAGUCGAAAAUUAUGAGAUCUCUUGUAAAUGGUGUUAAGUUCCUUUGCAAACAUUCCCUUGUUGCUAAAUGUAUUAUGCAAUUUUGCGCUCCCAAA